AUGGAAAACAAACAUUUUUAUAUUGCCUGCAAAUAUUUGCCACCACCUCUUGGUGAAAGAGAAAAGUUUUUAAGUAUGCACUGUAGGCAAGAAUACCAUUUAAAAUGUUUGAAUAUGGAUAAGACUGCUUUCUUUAAAAUAGACGGCCAAACUAAAUCUAAAUGGAAAUGCCCAACUUGCUUUAAUGUAACAAAUCGACGCAAGGGAGAUAUUCCGAACACACCAGUUAGAAAAUCAGUGCCAUUUAAUGAUUCAAUAAUGUCCUGCGACGACUCUCUUUCUGUUGAACACUCGGAAACUUCACUAGGUCCUCAGCCAUCAACUUCUAUGUGCCCUUCUCUAGGACAAGAAGUUACAUUAGAGAGUAUAGCCAGAGUUCUUGAUAUGAAACUUGAUGCUAAAUUAGAUUAA